AAACUGAGUUCUUCGGGGUGAAGACUGAAAAACCAAACACGUUAAAGAAAAGACUCGAAUGAAUUCUUGGUCAGGAUCAGGAAGAAGGCCCAGAAUCAUGGCUUCCUCAUUGUCGUUACCUCAAAAUACCAUCACCGACAUCCUCUCUAGAUUGCCCGUGAAAUCCCUAACUCGAUUCAAAUCCGUUUCCAAAAACUGGGCCGACCUCACUUCAGCCCCUGCUUUCAUCGCCGCCCAUCUACGCCGCUCUUCUACUGACCCAUCUCUCCUCAUCCGCCGCUACCACUCCCAGUCUGGUUGGGACUACGGGAUCUGGCUCAUCACUAACCCCACACUAAGUUACGCCACCCAGCUCUUGCGUAUCACCCUGGAAGAAUCACUUCCUCUGUUCCCGAAAAUUGUGGGUUCCGUCGAUGGUUUGGUCUGUCUUGAUAUUUCCCCUUGUUAUGCUUCUGAUUUCGCUAUGUGGAACCCUGGAACUAAACAAAUUAAACGUCUCCCUUUGCCUUUGAUUACUUCCUCCAGAGAUAACCCUAUUUGGAUGGUCUUUCAUGGCUUCGGCUUUGAUUCUUUCAACAAUGAUUAUAAACUAGUCAGGAUAGUCUCUUUUAGAGGAAAUGAUGCGUCGCCUUUUCUAAGGGUUGAAGUUUAUUCAUUGAGGGAAGCGGUUUGGAAAGAGAUAGAAGAACGUUUCGAGUUAGCUCUGUUAUGUGGAGGACAAGACGGAGUGGUUGUUGAUGGUAGUUUGAAUUGGGCUGCCAUUGGAUUGCAAGGAUUCGCGGAUCGAAAGGUUGUUAUCUCCUUUGAUAUGGGAAGAGAGGUGUUUAAGACCAUACCUUUGCCACCUGUUACUCGAUAUGGUAAUGUUAAAGUUGUGUCUUACAUGGGAUUAUUGGCUGUUGCUGUAUAUCCGUUAGUAUUUGCUGCUAAUGGUAAUAAUAUGAACCGCUUCGAGUUUUGGGUACAAGGCGAUUGUGAAGAUGGGAUGAAGCGUUGGUCUAAUAUGGUUGUGGUCGAGAAUUUUUCCAAGUCUUUGGUUCCAGUGGGGACUUGGGGAGAUCGUGAACUGGUGUUUAAACAUGUGGGAGUUAGAGAUAGAGAAAAUCAGUCCAGUCUCUUUUUGUUUGAUCCAGUCGAUCACACAACUAAAAGGCUUCCGGUUGAUUUUGUUGAUAUCUGUUUUCAAGGUUUCAGUUAUGUGGAGAGCUUGGUGUCGGUCAGUUGAAGAAGCUAAAGAUGGUGGUGCCAUGGUGCAAAAGCAGAUCAGAAGAUAGGUCAUUUUGGUCGAUUUCGACUUGAUUAGGCUUUUAGUUUAGUAAGUAUAAACUGGUAGAAGACUUUAGUAUGAAGUAUCUUUUUGUUUUACAUAUGAAUAUGGAUGGAUAUUGAGUUUACAAUGUUUUGCAUAAUACAGGGUGAACUUAUCAAGAGACAAGAACGGUUUUCUUUCCUUCCA